AGAUUAUCUGUUACUCACGAUGCACUAUGCUGUGAUCUAAUGCACUGCAGCAUACUGUAGAACUAAACACAAUAUAAGGUCUGCUAAAAUGUCAUCGGGAACAGUUAAUCUAUUCUGCUAAGUAAAAUGCAAUAAAUGAUGAUUUGGUGAUUUCACAUCAAACACGCUUGCAUAUACAACUGAGAGCUAGAGAUGGGAGACUCUAGCGCUACCACUGGCAGUCCCCAGAGCGGUCCCACAGAUUAUGAUUAUCUCAUGAAGUUUCUUGCUCUAGGUGACUCUGGAGUUGGGAAAACAAGCUUCUUGUACCAAUACACAGACAAUGCAUUCAACUCAAAGUUUAUAUCAACAGUAGGGAUCGACUUUAGGGAAAAGAGAGUGGUGCACAGGAUGCCGGGACAGGAUGGAAGUGUAGGUAGAAGUCAGAGAAUACACAUACAGCUAUGGGACACUGCUGGCCAAGAGAGGUUUCGUAGUCUAACAACAGCAUUCUUCCGAGAUGCAAUGGGCUUUCUAUUGAUAUUUGAUCUGAGUAACGAACAGUCAUUUCUCAACCUGCGUAACUGGAUAGCACAGCUGCAGACGCAUGCAUACUGCGAGAAUCCCGAUAUUGUACUGUGUGGGAACAAGGUCGACCUGGAGGCACAGAGAGCAAUCACUGAAGAGGCUGCCAAAGAAUUUGCCGAAAAACAUGGGUUACCAUACUUUGAGACAAGUGCCGCCACUGGCCAAAAUGUGGCAAAAUCUGUGGAACUAUUAUUGGACAAUGUCAUGUUACGGAUGGAGAAAUCUGUUGACAAGUCAAUUCUUCCUGGCAUGAGAAAUGGUGCAAAUCUUUCACAAUAUGAGGAGGAGGAAAAUAAAUCUAAAUGUUCCUGUUAGUAUUUAAAGGCCCUGUGUAUUGUUGAAAGUAUUUGAAGUAUUUGGCUAGCAUGGUAGAUGUAAUCUCUGUAGCAUUGGAGGAGGAACUAGUUACUGCAGCCAGUUUAGAACACUUAAAGAAUUACCUUGCACUUGGUUGAAAAUCCAUUUAGACACAGGGCACAUUACCAGAAGAUUCCAUAAGUUGAAGAUUUUAAGUCUGUUGUCCAUUUACUAUGAUAUUAUUUUUCAUUGUUAAACAAUGUAUUUUGUUGUUAAGAAUGUUUUGGUAAUGUAGCCUUGUGUAGAAUUUAUGCUAUCAUUUAAAGGGCAAUAUAUUUGAA